UGACGUAAGCGCGGUUUAUCAGUGGAUCCUGUACAAGAGUCGCGUUCUUCAGCCGCCAGUUCAGUGCCAUAUACCGGACUGACAACAAGUGUGAAGCGCCAGCACGUCACCGCAUACUCUACCUCGACUUUUGGACCCUGUAAUUUCUCACAAAGAUGUCUUGGGAUCAGUAUGUAAGCAAGCAGCUGGUGGAAUCUGGAAACGUGAAGAUGGGAGCCAUCUGCGGUCUGGAUGGGUCCGUGUGGGCCGUCUCGCCCGAACUAAAGAUCACACCAGAGGAGGUGAAGACCAUCACCACUCACUUUGGCAGUGACCACUUUAGCAUCAAUGGUUUGAUGUUGAGUGGGGAGAGGUAUGUAUACCUGGGGGGCGACGAAGGUACCUUGCGGGGAAAGAAGGGCAAAAAGUUUGUGCACAUGACCAAGACCAACACUGCCCUCAUCAUCGGCAUUAGCGAGGAACCUGGACAGCCUGGCCCCUGUGCGUGCACCGUUGAGGCCUUGGGCGACUACCUAAAAGGCCUAAACUACUAGUUUUCCUGCCUCAACCUCCUCCUGCUCCUUCUGACUCUACUUUACAUCUUCUGUCUAUUAUUUCUCCCUUCAUCAUCUUCUGUGUCAUGGGUCGUCAUCAGGAUUAAACCCAAUGCAAUUAUUCUUCAUUUCUAUUUUUCAAAUAAUUUUGUGUGUAACUGAUCAUUUGUGGCACUUUUCUGAAGAUUAAAUUAACACAGGAUUAAAAUUCCAGCUUGAAUUUCCUUUUGAUUACAGUAAAAUGAGCAAACUGCACUGGCAAAAGGAUGUAAUGAUCUUUUACUGCCAUGCAAUAUGAACGAAUUACAAAGCUUGUGAUAUCAAUAUCCUACUAUUUACAUCCAAUAAAUAUGAAUUUCCUUA